CGUCCUCCUCCUCCUCCCCCCUGGCAGCGAUGGGCGCCACACUGCCCCACGCUCCUAUCCUGGGCGCCCCCUACGCCCUCCCCCUCUCCAGCCUCCUGGGAGUGAAAUCCAUCCCCUACCUGGCACUCUCCACCCCUCCUGCCUCAGCAGCAGCGGCGGCGGCGGCAGCGGCCAUCGGGGCCCCUGUCUUACCAGGCUCGGUGCCCGUGACAGCGGCGUCCGUCCCCGUUCAGGCUCACGCGGCGGCGGCUCUGGCGUCCUACACGGCCAAGAUCUCGUCCUCUGCCAACGGGAUGAAGAAGCCGGAGAGACAGAAGUUUGCUCCGUACUGAUGACGGAGGAGGAAACGUCACUGAGAGUGGGAUCAUUGGAACACGUUUGAUUUCAACAUAAUCCAUAGAAGCCAUGCACAGAAACUAACCGGGUUUUUCCACAGUCAGUCAGAUCCUAUCGCCUGGUUCUGUUUGUACUAUUCCUCUCUGCAGUAUUUAAUUCUGAUCUGCUGACUUUAUAGCUCAAAACACGUCCAUAUCUGCUUGAUUAGACCUGCAUUUCCUGUAACUUCUUCACAAUAAAAGCCUCACACUGGUUUGCAGAUGGAAAGCUUGUCAGAGCCUGGACCUGGGUAUAUCAGCCAAUAAACGACAAACACUGAAGUGCAGAAAUACCAAAGAUACGUUUUGAUCUGAACGUACGAGCAGGAACGCUGGAGUGAAACUUCAAACCAUAGAGAUUCAGAUAGAAGAAACACCUCAGACUGUUAUUAUGGUGCGUUCCAUUUACAUCAGAAGUCGGAUUUGGGGGUGUUGUCACCUCCAAGUUGACGGCAUUCCAGUUGAGAAGUCG